AUGGAAUUGUGCGGGAAAAGGUGGUAUCGGUCGCUAUCUGAGCUUCUCAUAGGCGCCCUCGAAACCAACGCGGCGGCUUCCUCAACUUUGCAAGCGGACCUCGGCCGGGAUCUUUUGUGUAAACUUUAUUUCACCGCAAUGCGGCUACGCCCUGGGCUUUGCACCCUUCGGCAAGAUGGCGAGGCCAUUUUAAAGGAUUGCGAGAUCAUUUUUAAGGGUUGCAAACUCCCGGCAGGAACGGCGCGAGUUCUUUUCACAGAAUUGUGGGGUCCACUCCUUGCCGCCGCCGAAGCCGCCGCGGGGGAACUGCGAAGGCAUUUAAAAGACCACAUCUUGGCCCCUGUCCUCGCGCAAACGGCGGAUUAUUGUCAUUUUCACGCCUGGUUUCAUCCGGCAGGCCGCCAUCUCGUCGAGGCGGCGCCAAGUGAGGCGGUGCGCGAGUUAGGCGAGGCAAUUUUGGCGAUUCCCCUUAAACUCGAGGCCCUGCGCGGGGCGGCGGUGGAUUGGCGCGCGAUUCACGACUUGGGAUCCUCGUUUAUCGCUGCAAACGACACAUUGGAGGCGCUUUUUGUGGAGGAAACAGAAUCCUGGCUGGAUGACCUCGUCCACGCGGCUGUGGGGGACUUUGUCGAGAAUAAAAUACUUCAAGUGGAGUUCGACUUCAGUGAAGACAGGACGGAUCCCCUUCUUAAACAAAAGGUGUCGAUCGUGCUACGGCAACUUUUAGCGGAUCUGGAUUACAUGAAGAAUGUGCUUUCCGCUGUCAGUGAUGAUCAUUUUGACAACUUGGAGAAAGUACUAAUGAAGUUGAAUACACUGCUCUCGGUAUGGGAAACCUCAAUGAUGCUGAGAAAGAUGCCUUUUAGAGUAUGCGAAUUGAUUAGUGAUGCAUCGGAAUAA